CAAAGAUAAAUUUGUUUGUGGUUUAUCUUACUUAAAUUUAGAGGUGAAAUUACUGAUAUAUCCCUAAUAUUUUAAGAAAAUUCUUCUUCUUCACCCGCGGUGCAAUCAUCGUCCCUGCUGCGACUGCGCCACUUCACCUCAUACCUAAUUUUCAUCAUUCGAUGGAGUUUCUUUAGUUUUUCAAUUCAAUACUAGAGAAUGAAUUGUUGUUUACUUUGAAUAAAAUAGUUGCAGAAUUUGGGGUUUGCAGUUUCUUGCUGAAUGCGGAACCGGCUCUUUUCCUUCCGUCGAUAUCUAAGCCAAUCAAUUCAACAUGACCUAUACGAUCCGCCAUUUUCCCCCUCUACGAAAAUCCAAAAAAGAUUGACUCUGAAAUCAUCGAUGGAAGGAGACACUCUGAAAUCAGAUCUUCCAUUCCAGUUCAUGUACUCUUACUCAGAAACUGACCCCUCUAUAAAACCAAUAAGCUUCCGUGAAUCGCCCAAGUUCUCUCCUUUUGGACCAGGCCGGCUCGACCGCAAAUGGACUGGAAUCUCCGCUCCGGUUCACCAUGAAGUGGACCGGAAGAAGAUUGAAGAGGACCGAAACAGGGUCCUUGGUGCUCCGCUGGAUGAUCAAGAGGUUGCGGAGCUCGUUGAACGCUACCGUCACAGUGACUGCUCUAGGCAAAUCAAUUUGGGGAAGGGGGGAGUCACUCACAACACUUUGGAUGACAUCCAUAACCAUUGGAAGAAGGCUGAAGCUGUGAGGAUCAAGUGCUUGGGUGUGCCAACUCUAGACAUGGACAAUAUUUGCUUUCAUCUUGAGGACAAGUCCGGUGGGAAAGUUAUCUACCGCAACAUCAAUAUACUGCUCUUGUAUAGAGGACGACAUUAUGAUUUCAAUAACCGUCCAGUUAUACCUCUUAUGCUGUGGAAGCCUUAUGCACCAAUAUAUCCUAAGCUUGUGAAGAAUGUGAUUGAAGGUUUGACACACGAGGAAACAAAAGAAUUGAGAAACCGGGGUUUGAACUCCCAUCCUCUGAUGAAACUCACUAGAAACGGUGUUUAUGUGAAUGUGGUGGAGAGGGUGAGGGAAGCUUUUAAGACUGAGGAGGUUGUGAGACUGGACUGCACUCAUGUGGGUACAAGUGACUGCAAAAAGAUUGGAGUGAAGCUAAGGGAUUUAGUGCCAUGUGUCCCGAUCUUGUUCAAGGAUGAACAAAUAAUCAUUUGGAGAGGAAAUUUAGAUCAAGAACAAUCUUCGGACCCAUAAUGGAGUGUUAAAAUUAGAGAUGUUUCCAAGAUGGUGUUUGAUUCAGGCCUUGGAAGGAUGGUCUUAAUUGACUAUAGUGCAAAGGAGGAGAAAUUCAUUGGUUCAUGAUUAAAAUCACUCAAAUCAGCUUGCCACCUGUCAGACAAACUGUAAGACUUUCGUAGCCGGAUUAUUUCCAGGAGUUGAUUAUUCAUUUGUUUUUGAAAUGACAAAUGUUAGUUGUUCUUAGUUACUGUAUUUUGUUAGUAUCCUCCUGUGUUAGGCACCCACUGCGUUCACUGCUUUAAGGAAAUGUUUAUUUUGAUAGCUUGAAUGAAAUACUAUAUGUUGUUAUGUAUUUAAAGCAAUGAAUCAGACCAUUAUACUAUUCAAAGUUUUUCUUAUGAUGUAUCAAAUUGUUUAUUUUCCUA